CUUUCAAUAAACUCAACUACCACUUCACCGUUAUAUCUGUACAACUACUACAUUAACCCUCCAUCUGUCUUUAUCUACACCUAAUUCUUCCCUCACUGAUCUCACCAUCUUCAACCUCUCUAAAAAAGUCGAAGUGAAAAUGGCUACUUAUAACCUAGCUUUAAUCCUAAAAAACCCCUCACACGAAGCAGAAUUUCUCCUUGUAAAGCAAAACCCGCCUCCAAAAUUCGGCAUCGAAGAGUAUGAUACAUUUGUUGACUCCGAUCUCUGGGACUUACCCUCAACAAAGCUGGACCUUGAAGAAGGAGAAUUGGAGUCUGGUAGUAUUGUUAUAGAAGGCUUGGAGAGGACCGAUUUGGGAAAAUUCGAUGUUGAAUCGGCUAUUAGCAAGGUUUUGGAGCAAGUGGGGUUUAAGGUAAAUGAUGGAGGAGAGUGGAGAUUUUUGAAGCUUGUAGAGGAAGCUGAGUUUGGCCCAGGAUUGCCAGUUCAUAGAGUGUACAUUGUAGGGAAAUUGUUACCUGGGAAUCAAAACUUACCAGAGCUCUGUAAGUGGAUGUCUAUCCAAAGUUGUUUGAGCUUGCUCGUGGAUGUGAAAAAAAGUAGUGAUCGUGUGGGACCUUUGGUAGUUCUUGGUCUUAUAAAUGAUUCGGCACAAUCUUCAGAGAAAGUGAAUACUGCCUUGCAUUAUCAGGAAUAUCCACCUGGUGUUAUAAUCGUGCCUAUGAAAAGUAGAACAGCCAAGCCUUUCCAUACAACAAACUUGGUUAUGUUUGCACCUGAGAGUGUAAAAAAUGAAAGUGAAGAUUACAAUUUUGUAGCUCAUGGAGAUGCAUUGAUAGUGGACCCAGGAUGCCGAGCUGAUUUUCAUGAGGAGCUCUUGAAAAUUGUUGCUGCUCUGUCUAAAAAGUUGGUCGUCUUUGUUACCCAUCACCACGGAGAUCAUGUUGAUGGCCUUUCUGUGAUCCAAAAAUGCAAUCCUACUGCAACUUUAUUAGCACAUGAGAACACAAUGUGCCGCAUUAGGAAAGAUGACUGGUCGCUUGGUCACAUCUCAGUUUCUGGAGGAGAAGACAUUUGCAUUGGUGGUCAGAGAUUGAAUAUCAUUUUUUCUCCGGGACAUACAGAUGGGCAUUUGGCACUGCUUCAUGUCGAAUCUCACUCGUUGAUUGUAGGUGAUCAUUGUGUGGGCCAAGGAAGUGCCCUCCUGGACAUUGCUUCUGGUGGAAAUAUGGCCGAUUACUUCAGAUCGACUUACAAAUUUAUUGAGCUUGCCCCACAUGUCUUGAUCCCAAUGCAUGGAAGAGUUAAUUUGUGGCCAAAGCACAUGCUUUGUGGAUAUCUAAAGAACCGUAGAAAUAGAGAAUUAUCCAUCUUGGAAGCUAUAGAAAAUGGAGCUAAGACAUUAUUCGACAUAGUUGCCGAUGUAUAUUCGGGGGUUGAUCGCAGUCUUUGGUAUCAUGCUGCAUCAAAUGUGAGACUUCAUGUGGAUCAUUUGAAUCAACAAAAUAAGUUGCCGAAGGCCUUCUCUGUAGACACUUUCAAUUGCAGUUUGAUUGCAUUUGCUGAGAAGGUGGGUAAAAUUGAGCCCAAGUGAGGAGAGCUGCUGUGUCUGGCACAUUCGCCCACUACAUCUCUUAGGGUUUGGACCUAAAUGGUGUUUUUGGACGCGUCAAACUAUGAUCACUUAAUCUCAACAGUGCCGGUUUGAGGAGCUCUCUCUUCCCCGAUAAUAAUUUAUUUACUUUCAUUUAGAAAUUCAUCAAUGUAUUCAGUUAGAGAUUCUACAUGUUGAUAUUGUAUGAAUAAAAUUCCUUCAGAGAACAUGGAAACACAGGUAUAUAGAAGAAAUUUAUAUCGUUUUCUUUA